AGCGCUGCCAGUGGGAGGUUCCCGGUCCGGUUCGGUCCCGCUUCCUGACGGUGGUCAAAACAUCUCUUCACACCACGGUGGUAUCGUCAAGCAGUUUGACUGUCACAUCUGCCACAAAUCUUUCAUGACACUGAUGAACCUCAAUCUACAUAUGAAAAUUCACGAAAAUGAACAAAAAAUGACCGCGCAAACGUAUUCGCACACGAUCGGUGGUGCCGGAAGUGGUACCAGCAGCAUAAUCGUGGGGUCCAGUGCUCUCAGCUACCAGCAUCACAGCCACCACGGCCAGCAGCAGCAGCAACAGCACCACGUGAUGUUGGCCACUACCGUCGGAACCGCUUCCACCACUCCAUCCUUACCUCCCUCUGUGACCGAAGGCCUGUGCCAGAUUUGCCAUAAGACGUUCAACAAUACCGAACAAUUUGUAGCGCACAUGAAGAUGCAUGAAGAUGAGUUCAAAAAUCGGGCUCUUUAUCACUCCUCGGCGACGGCGGCACCCGGAAACCCGAACGGGUUGGCACAGCCACCGAACAAUCCGUUCGGCGGAACACUCUCAGCUACCGCAACACACGGACAGUUUACGCCUCAUGUCGCGUCGCCAGUGCAACAAGAAACCACGAAGGGGCACCGUUGUCCGAUCUGUCACAAAAUGUCCAGCAACAUUAUCGAGCAUAUAAAGCAGCACGAAGGUCAGCUGUCGAUGGGAGGUACGAACGGAACAUCUGCCUCGCCCGAAGGGAGCCCCACCAGGGGGACGGAUAAUGCCACACCCGGGUAUCAGUUGAACGAGGAAUCGCAAUCGUCGCAGGGAGAUGACAGCGAGAACGGUACGAUUGGCGGCGAUGCCGCGGGAACCGAUCCACGGAAGCAGCACGAGUGUUUGAUUUGUCGCAAAAAGUUCUCCAGCUCCGGCAACCUGGCCAUCCACAUACGCGUCCACUCGGGUGAGAAACCGUUCAAAUGUAGCGUGUGCGGGAAGGGUUUCAUCCAGUCCAACAAUCUGGCCACGCACAUGAAAACGCACACAGGCGAAAAACCGUACGCCUGCACGAUCUGCGGCAAAAACUUUAGCCAAUCGAACAACCUGAAAACGCACAUCCGGACGCACACGGGCGAAAAGCCGUACGCGUGUACAAUCUGCGGCAAGCGGUUCAAUCAGAAGAACAACCUGACGACGCAUAUGCGCACGCACCAGCUGGUGUGUAUGGUGUGCGGCGUUCAGUUCGCGCACCCGACCGAUCUGGCCAACCACAUGAAGUUUCACAACGACGAAAAGCCCUACAUCUGCUCGGUGUGCAACAAGGUGUACCUCAAUCUGGACGAGCUGACGGAGCACAUGAAGAAAACGCACAACCAGAUCAAACCGUAUCGGUGUCACAUCUGCGACAAAACGUUCACCCAGUCCAAUAACCUGAAGACGCACAUCAAAACGCACAUCUUCCAAGAUCCGUUCAAGUGUCAGAUGUGUUCCCGGUCGUUCCAGAAGGAGGACGACUACUCGCAGCACAUGCUCGUGCACACGGCCGACAAACCGUAUGAGUGUACGUACUGUGGCAAGCGGUUCAUUCAGUCCAACAACCUGAAAACGCACGUCCGGACACACACGGGCGAAAAGCCGUACACCUGUACGAUCUGCGCGAAAACGUUCAAUCAGAAGAAUAACCUCAACACGCAUAUGCGCAUCCACACGGGCGAGAAACCGUUCGAGUGUACGAUCUGCGACAAGCGGUUCAAUCAGUCCAACAACCUUAACAAGCACAUCAAAACACACGGCCAGGAGAAGGAUCAGCAGCAGCAGCAGCAUCAGCAGCACGUGAGUUGACAGUUGAGCGCCAGAGACACCACGAUGUUCAACUGUAUGGACCGAGCGGAUGCCGGAGGCACCGCCAUCAGGGUGGGUCAGGGGCCGACAAUAAUUGAUGCAGCGAAUGCGGGAACGUCCGUCACACCAACGGUGACCUCCGACACGGACCAAGCCUCGGUCGAAGAAGGUGUUCCCAGCUACCGGCUUGCGAACGGUCACCACUAGUGCCGCGGCAGCGGACACUCGAUGGCGCUGAUUCACGGACAGCGUUGUGCCAUACCAGCCCCCCAAACCGAUCAUUCCAUUGGCACGGUAGAACGCCAGUUAAAGAUAGCCACUGUACAGAAAGUAGUAGUGCUAAGCCCUAAACUUCUCGCAAUCGGGACCUCGCCUCGCAGGCCCACAUUGGUGUCAUACGCGCG